UGCGCACACAAUCGGUUUGAAAGGCUCGAUUGUGUUCGCUACAUAUCAAAGCAAUGUUGCGUUUUUUUCUGUAGGAAUACAAGGUCGCUGCUGAGACGAAGGUACACUGAAAAAAAAGGUUCUAAUCAGUUCAGGAUCAGCUUUCUGCUACACAGCCACUUGCAAAGAUCCGUGCACAGUCUGAUAAUGAAGGCUCUCAGCUGUUGUCUGGUUACGCUCAUCUACGUAACCAUCGUUUACGGUAAUCACGAGAAAGGCAAAGGACCUCAAGGCCCACCAAAAUAUUGUUCCAUGCAACCGGAUCGAGGGCCUUGUGGGGCGAAUGUGUCCUAUUGGUAUUUUCAGGAAAAAUAUAGGGAAUGCAAGAUGUUCAACUACGGAGGCUGUGGCGGAAACAAGAACCGUUUCUGGACAGAAAGAAGGUGCUACAAGUGGUGCGCUCCAAAGAGAAGAAAGCUGCUUUGCAGCGUAUAUCCAGACCCGAAGCCAUGCAGGUCACAUGUGCAAUGUUGGUUCUUCAGUCCUCUAAAUGGCACCUGCUUUCAGCUUCCGCGUAACUGGUGCCCAGCAAGCGGCAAUGGGUUUUCACGAUGCGAGAAAUGCGUGAGCCGAUGCACUAUGUUUAAUGCAAGAGAAACCUGCGGUAGAGAGUACAAAAGAAUGGAAGAGGAGAAGCUUGCCGUUAAAGCAGGAAACAUACCAACGAUAAGCUGGCAAGUUCCAGAUCUUCCAGAGAUUCCGCCCAGCCUAUUAUUGCCUGGAUUUGGCUCUGCAGCACCAACACUCAGUCCAGAGAUAGCGUCACAAGUGUUACAAGGCAAAAUACCCAAGGAUUUAUAUCAGACAUCCGACCUUCCACAUUUGCCAUCUGAUUUACCUGGAACGCCGUCAAAUAUGGGAAUAGCGAAAGGCGUGCCACCAGAACUGCCCCCUGGUGCAGUUCAAGUUCCCGGAAAAUUAGGCGCCUCAAGCACGAAAACUUCGCCAGCACUCGGUGCUGCAGGAAUUCCAUCUAGCCUACCUGUAUCUGUUCCCGCACUACCAGGAGGGGCGCUCAAUGUAGGUGAAGUGACACAAGUACAAGGACAACUAAAGACUCAAACACAGCAGGCACCCAGCAUUCCUAAAUUGGAAGCUGGUUUACCACGUGCGCCCCCCAAUUUCUCAAAACUGAAAGACGGCCCCGCAGUUCUACCCCUAGGCCCAAAUAUCCAAGAGCCUAAUAAAUCAAGUGUCAAAAGCGGUAUAAGUGGUUCUGGACCCGGGCCAAUUGCAAGUGUACCAGCCACUCCUGGAUCAUCAGUCAACUUGCCAGGUGAAGCGGCGGGACUGCCCAAGGGCAUUUCUCCUCCCUCUUUGCCCGUGCAUCCUGGCGCCCCGGGCGAAGGGCUUGAGACUGAACCAGAGACACACACCCAUGGAAGUGGCAGCCACACGCACAUCAUUUUAAUCGCUCUGAUAAAGCGAGGGGGCUCCGUGUUAGAACCUGACAAUCAGCACCCAGGCGGUACUGAACAGUCUGGUGAACUAAGAGAUAUUGCUGCCGGCAAUAAAGGGCCACUACCAGGACCAACAGGAAUUAAGCAGAUGCCUAAAUAAAAAUGUACUCGGAAAGCAUUUAUCGCUGUGUUAUAAAAGCUAUGUCGUCAUUUCGAAGAACUCGCGCAAAUAUGUGUAUUAAGAUAUGCAAGUAAACAUUUAGCAAUAAAUAUGCAUGCAUUUAUGAAUAUCAAUUCGCUGAGCUAACACAUAUUCUAGAUUAUUUUAGAACUGUAUAACCGCGGAUUCAGCACCACUUACUUCAAAAAGAAAGAAAAUAAAAUAUCUUACAC